ACCCCCAUGGAUUAGAUGUCCCCUUCCUCCCUCGCACCUCAGCGUAAGCGGACCACAAUCCUUGACCUGACGUCAGGCGUGGGCAGGGUGGAGGGCUCGGCGCUCUUCCCGUCGUGCCUGGCAAACCAGGCGAGCCUUCACAUAGCCGGCGCAGUCGCGGCCCUGAGCCGUAGCGGAGCAGGCGGAGAGAUGGCGUCCCAGCCGCCGCCGCCCCCGAAACCCUGGGAGACCCGCCGCAUUCCCGGGGCCGGCUCCGGCCCGGGGCCAGGCCCCGGCCCCACUUUCCAAUCUGCUGACUUGGGCCCUACUUUAUUGACGAGACCUGGACAACCAACACUUACCAGAGUGCCCCCACCUAUUCUUCCCAGGCCAUCCCAGCAGACCGGGAGCAGCAGCGUCAACACUUUCAGACCUGCUUACAGUUCUUUCUCUUCUGGAUACGGAGCCUAUGGAAAUUCAUUCUAUGGAAACUAUAGCCCUUACAGUUACGGAUAUAACGGUUUGGGCUUUAACCGCCUCCAUGUAGACGAUCUCCCACCCAGUCGGUUUGUUCAGCAAGCUGAAGAAAGCAGCAGAGGCGCGUUUCAGUCCAUUGAGAGCAUCGUGCACGCAUUCGCCUCUGUCAGCAUGAUGAUGGACGCCACUUUCUCAGCUGUCUAUAACAGUUUCAGGGCUGUCUUGGAUGUAGCAAAUCACUUUUCCCGGUUAAAAAUACACUUUACAAAGGUUUUUUCCGCCUUCGCGUUAGUUAGGACUAUAAGAUACCUGUAUAGACGGUUGCAGUGGAUGAUGGGUUUAAGAAGAGGCUCUGAGAAUGAGGACCUGUGGGCAGAGAGUGAAAGAACUGUGGCCUGCCUUGGUGCCGAGGACCACGCAGCCACCUCAGCGAAAUCCUGGCCAAUAGUCCUGUUCUUUGCUGUUAUCCUUGGCGGUCCUUACCUCAUCUGGAAACUUCUGUCGACACACAGUGAUGAAGUAACAGACAACAUCGGCUGGGCAAGUGGUGAGGAUGACCAUGUAGUUGCUAGAGCAGAAUAUGAUUUUAAUGCCACGUCUGAUGAGGAGAUUUCUUUCCGCACUGGUGAUAUGCUAAAUUUGGCCCUCAAAGAACGACAGCCCAAAGUGCGUGGUUGGCUUCUGGCUAGUCUUGAUGGUCAAACUACAGGACUGAUACCUGCAAAUUAUGUCAAAAUCCUGGGCAAAAGAAGAGGCAGAAAAACAAGAGAAUCCAGCAAAAUACUCAAGCAGCAACAGUCUGUUACCAACCCAACAUUAAUUAAAGGAGUCACUACUGCCAACUCUUUGGAUGAACAGGAAGCUGCCUUUGAAUCUGUUUUUGUUGAAAAUAAUAAGGUUCCAGGUGCACCUGAUUGUACAGGGAAAAAUGGAGAGAAACAAGAUCUUUGAUAUCUUUCAUGUUCUCGUGCAGGUGAACAAUACUUUAGAGUACUUUUAAAAAUUAUUUCUUACAGAGAAAUUAAUUUGCAGUUGAAUGAAAGCAUUUGCUCAUGGCUGUCCCAGGCAUUUUGCUGCUAGAAGUUACUUAGUCACACACUAGUAUGCUGGUCUAGUAUUCUGGCUACAUUUGGCCAUUUAUUGGACCAUGAGGACAUUUGUUUCACCUAGCUUUUAGAUUAUGGAGAUGGUUGUCAGUUUCAUCUUAUCUAAAUCCCUAGGCUUAUUGGAACAGUAAAUUUGAUGAACAGUGGAAUACACAAGUUGCCUCAGAAGGGAUCAUUAAUGCUUUUUAAAGUUCUGAGUUAAUUGAUUUGAAGUCUUCAAAAAUUGAGUGAUAACAUCUACUUACAAGAACAGGCGAAAAGGCUGAAUUUUUAUAACCUUUUAAGUAAACUAAAUAAUAAAAUUUUCUUAUCUGUAUUAUGUCCAGUGUUGGAUUUACUUUAGGUGAUAUGUUUCUACCUGCAAAAAACUGAUACUAUUAUCUUUUAGUAUUUAUAAAAAUGUAUUAUUCAAAGGUCACUGGGAGUACUAUAAAGGAGAUGGUUCUAGAAUUAGGGUCUCUUAAUCUCUUUACAGUGUAACUAGUUUUCAUCCUGAGUAACAUCAGAAUAUAUACAUUUUAUUUCUUUUCCUCCAACUAAGUCCUUUAAUAGUGCACUUAAUGAUACAAUCAGUUCUGGCAGUAAUGAUUUUUGAUCUUCAUAAAUUUUCUUCUUCAACAUGGGAAAAUUAUUUCUAUAAAUUCCAUAAUCAGGAUAUACUUUAAACAUUGAAAAUGUGUCACAUUGGGUAGAUUUCUUUUAGAUUUAGUUUUCACUACUGAGACUAAAUAAUUCACUUGCUAUUUCAAAUAUAUUAUUUGACUUUUUUUUGGCUCAAUGAUUUAGUGUGUUUCAUACAGUUUCCCCACAGAAUUGGAAGAUUCUUACCCUUGCUGUGAACAGACUACAGAUUAAUACUGUCAGAAAUAUACACAAGAAUACAUUUAUAAAUACUGCUAAAAACUGUGGUUUUGAUAAGUGAUUUGUGUUUUUACCUUUCAUACAGAUGUGUUUAUUAUCAAAUAAGUAAUUCCAGAGCAGUUCAUAUUAAGCCAUAUCUAACCCAAUAUGUACUAGGCACAGAAGAACUAGACUUCGUGAGAAGGCCUUUUGAAGGGACAGUAUAAUAAGUGACGUGUCCUUUUAGCUCUCGAGAGGUGAGUCUUCAUGGCACUUGUUUAUCUCAGGCCUGUUGUCUGACACUGGGUGGUAACCUCCACUCCACCACUGAACUGUGUCCCUAGCUCUCAAAACAAAUAUGAACUUCAGUCUUGAGAUGUCUACCUGCUCGCAUGUCUAAAUAUUACUCUAGACAUCUAGAUUAAAUAAUAGUAAUAAAAUAGAAAUGAAAUGUUGAGUCGGCACCACUUAGAUUUUUUUUUUUUUCUUUAGAAGAUGAGCUUUAAGAUAGGAUUUGUGACUGAUAGCUGUAUAGGAAAGAGAGCUUAGGCAAAUAAAUGACAAAAGUGUUUCUUUUAGGGUCUUUAUUGUUUGCUGACUAUACCAGAUUACGAUAUUAACCUGAUAGUUACUUGUGUCCAUUUUUUAUUAAAAUUUUAUAAAAGCAGUUGUAGGACUAGAAAGGCAGGAAAGUUUUGCAGCCUUUUUGUUUUUUUAAUCACAGCAGACUUACUUAGAGUAAUCUUUAGAGAAGAUGGAAUGUACUGGUCACAGCUCCAAUAUUAUUAAUUUAGGGGUUUAUUUAAGUAGUGCUACCUCACAAGAAACUCCAUUUUCAAUUAACUAAAUCACAAGUUACAGUAAGAAAAGAAGCCUCCAAUUUUUUCACUGUAGUUUGUCAGCUCGGAAA